AUUGUACCAAACCUAAUCUAAAUCAUUCGGGACUGUCACACUACCAGCUAACUUCAAACCAAUCUAUAAAUUUCUUGAAUAAAGCUCCUUUUGCAUUUUAUUAUAGAUAUCUACUACUAUUCAACCCAACAAACCCCUAUUGGCGCAGUUUCACCUACUCAUCUGCAAUACACAAUGUCUAAUCAACCGGUAUAUUUUGGUCCUCGACCUCCACAACAAUUGAAUGAUAAAAUGAGACAUGGUUUUGAUGAAGACUAUAACUCAGAGAACUUUUUAAACCUACUUGCAAACACAUUUUACAUUUACUUCGACGAUAAGAGACAAAACACUAAUGGUAAUCCAAUAACACAGGAGAUGAAGAGAACUUCUAAAUAUUACAAGAAUUAUCAACCAAUAUCUGAUUGGAAAGUCAUGAAAGAAAGACAGAAAACUAUAAGUGCUGUUUUAGUAUUGUGUUUAAACUUAGGUGUUGACCCACCUGAUAUCAUGAAAACUUAUCCAUGCGCAAAAUACGAAGCUUGGUGUGACCCUUCCACUUUCACCGAUACCAAAAAGGCAAUUGAAAACAUUGGAAAAAACCUACAAUCUCAAUAUGAAACAUUAUCAUUAAGAACAAGAUAUAAGCAAUCCUUAGAUCCAUGCGUAGAAGAUGUCAAAAGAUUUUGUAAUACAUUAAGAAGAAAUGCCAAGGAUGAAAGAAUACUAUUCCAUUAUAACGGUCAUGGAGUACCUCAACCUACUGCCAGUGGUGAAAUAUGGGUCUUCAACAGAGGUUAUACACAGUAUAUUCCUAUCUCCUUAUACGAUUUACAAACAUGGCUAGGAGCACCUGUGCUAUUUGUCUACGAUUGUAAUAGUGCUGGUAAUAUUGUGCAUAAUUUCAAAAAGUUUGUUCAAAAGCGAAUAGAUGAUGAUAAUGAUGGAAAUCACGAUACAAGUGCACCUUCACCUACAUCAGCAUAUUUAGAUUGCAUACAGUUGGCUGCUUGUAAAAGCAAUGAACUACUUCCAAUGACUCCCGAUUUACCAGCUGAUUUAUUUACUUGCUGCUUAACCUGCCCAAUAGAUAUCAGUAUAAAAUGGUUCAUUAUGCAAAGUCCUUUAAAGAAAAAUUAUUAUGAUUUAUUGCCCAAGGAUUCAAUAGGAAAUGUGAUAAUUCCAGGGAAAUUGACUGAUAGAAGAACACCCUUAGGGGAAUUGAAUUGGAUAUUUACAGCAAUUACUGAUACAAUUGCAUGGACUUCAUUAUCAAGACCAAUCUUCAAAAGAUUGUUUAGACAAGAUCUCAUGGUGGCUGCAUUAUUUAGAAAUUUCUUGCUUGCCAAGAGAAUAAUGCCUCAUUUAAAUUGUAAUCCUAUAAGUGAUCCUCCGUUACCAGAAGCUGUUAGAUUUCACACCAUGUGGAAUUCUUGGGACUUGGCUAUAGAUCAAGUAUUGUCACAAUUAUUGAAGAACCAGGAAGGUGGAUCAUCAGUCAACCCAGUUACCAGCAGGCAACCUUCAAUUGACACCACUCCAGCCAAUACCUCGUUAGGAUCAACUCACUUGAAUGGCACAGCAGCACCAACCGGACAAGGGCAGCCGCAACAGAAUUUAGGAAAUUACCAACACUCAACUUUCUUUGAGCAACAGUUAACCGCUUUUGAAAUUUGGUUAAAAUAUGCUGGUCCAUCAACCAAAGAACCACCUGAACAGUUACCCAUCGUUCUUCAAGUAUUAUUAUCACAAGUACAUCGGUUAAGAGCAUUAAUUUUAUUAUCAAAAUUCUUAGAUUUAGGACCAUGGGCAGUAUAUUUAUCCUUGUCUAUUGGAAUUUUCCCAUAUGUUUUAAAAUUAUUACAAAGUCCAGCACAAGAAUUAAAACCGGUUCUAAUUUUUAUUUGGGCUCGUAUUAUGGCAAUCGAUUAUAAGAGCACACAACAAGAGUUGUGUAAAGACAAGGGAUACAAUUAUUUCUAUUUGAUAUUAAAUUCAAACCCAUUGAAUCAAAUCGGUGCACCUGGAGCUCCCGGCAGCUUUAGUGGAAGUGCUUCAGGUACCAUGUUAAUCAAUGAUGAUCAUAAAGCAAUGAGUGCCUUCAUAUUGACUUUGUUUAUUAAAGAUUUCAAGAAUGGACAAAGAUUAUGUUUCUCAGUGGAAAUUAUUAAUAAUUGUUUGAAGUUUAUUCAAAACAGUGAAAAUCCUUUAUUGAGACAAUGGUGUGGUUUAUUGUUAUCACAACUUUGGAAUAGAUAUCCUGACGGGAAAUGGAUUGUAUACAAGGAUGGAUAUAUUAAUAGGUUAUUGACGUUGAUUAACGAUCCCAUCCCGGAAGUUAGAACUUCAAUUAUAGUUGCAAUCACUACUUAUCUUUCUGAUCCACUCCAUAAUCAACAGCAGCAAAGACAACAACAGCAAGCAAGUAAUGGAUCCGAUUUAAGAAAAGAUGAAAUUAGACAACAAGAUUUGAAACUUGCAAAUGCUAUACUCAGUCUUUUAGGUGACGGUUCUUCCAUGGUUAGAAAAGAGUUGAUAUUUUUCAUCAAUAAGUUUAUUCAUACUUAUUCCAAGUUUUUCUUGGUUGUGGCAUUCAAUCAAUUAGAAGAAGAAAUUGUUUUAAUUGAUAAUCCAAAUUCCUUGAACGAAUUUAGAAAACGUUCUCCGGCAUAUGGAUCAAUAUUUAGUUCUAUUUGGAAGGCAUUAUUAAUCUUGUCAGAGGACCCACAUUGUGAAGUUAAACAAUUGGCUGAAAUAUUAAUUGAUUCGGUUAUGGUUAAAUUAAAUAAAAGUGAAUUGGCUUCUGUGGUUAAGGAAAUGCAAGAUUAUUUGUUGAGUAAAUCUACAAUUAAUAUCAGUGAGAGUUUCAAACCAAUUAAACCAAUCAUGAAUCGUCCAUUGGGUGAUAGAAGACAAGUAUCAAGUGGAGCCACUGUCACACCUCGUAAAAACAAUUUAUUAAUUGAUGGAACUUCGUUAACUACAAGGGCCGCAUCUACAAGUAAACUAGAGCAUGACCAUGAUAAUUCAGAUGCCAGUUCUAUUAGUUCUAAACUUAAAGGAUUAUCUGUGUCAAAACUUUUUAAAACUUUCCAGAUCAAUGACGAUAGUGAAAUAAAAUCAUUUACAAGGAUCUUGAAUUCCGGUCCAGUUCAAACAACUUACGGUAACGAGUAUAAACCUAAAACUCCGAUGUUUAAACCCCGUGAUCUUAGUGAAAAUCCUCAAUUACCACAUGAAUCAGGAUUCUUUGAAUACAGUUGCGAAUAUUUCCAAGAACCACAAAUGUCGAAAAAUGAAAUUGAUGAACCGGGAUCAAAAGAUUAUGUCAAGAGAUUAUGGAGAAGAAAUAGAAAUGAAUCAAUUAUUCAAAUGACUCAACCACAGAAAGAAAUGGCAGUUAGAGGUGAUUGGAAUAAGAAUAUCUCCGUGUUGAAUAACAAAUCUCAACCUAAAUGUAUAAAAUUCACCCAAUUUGAAAAGAUUUUGGUUGCAAGUGAUGAAAAGGAUAAUAUUUCAGUUUGGGAUUGGGAGCAGAAUCAAAUAGUGAAGAAAUUCUCUAACGGGAACCCAUUUGGAACAAAAAUUACUGAUAUUAAGUUUUUGAAUGAAGAUGAUUUGCCUUUACUAUUGACUGGUUCUUCUGAUGGUGUUAUUAAGAUUUAUAAGAAUUUCCAUAAUUAUGAAAGAUUUGGCUAUGGACAAGCUUCAGAUGAUUUGGAAGCAGAUGAAGAUAAAAAGGUUGAGUUGAUUGCGGGUUGGAGAGCAUUAACUGAUUUGUUAUUAACAUCUAAAAGUUCUGGUUUGAUUUCUGAAUGGCAACAAUCACGAGGAUCAUUGCUAGUUAGUGGUGAUGUGAAAAUUAUUAGAAUUUGGGAUGCUCCUCGUGAGUUAUGUCUUGUUGAUAUUCCCGCAAGAUCAUCAUCUUCAAUUACUUCAUUGACCUCUGAUCAAGUUGCUGGUAAUAUAUUCAUUGCUGGAUUUGAUGAUGGAAGUCUCCGGGUAUAUGAUCGAAGAUUGGACUCUCGUGAAUCGAUGGUUAAAACAUGGAGAGCAACAUCUGCUUCUGGAGGAAGUACACCACAACAACAACAGCAGCAGCAGCAAUCAAGAUAUACUGGAGCGGGAUCAAUUAGAAAUGUACAUAUGCAAAGAGGUGGAUUCCGUGAAUUAGUAAGUGCAUCUGCUGAUGGGUAUGUUAAUCUUUGGGAUAUUCGAUUAAAUGAUCCUGUAAUGUCAUAUUCCACUCCUGAUAGAUCAUUGAGAUGUAUGGAUGUACAUGAACACGCGCCAAUUAUCACCACUGGGUCUAAAUCCGUUAAUAUUUGGUCAACUUCUGGUGAUUUAUUAACUACAUUGAGAAAUCCUCAUGAUAAAUAUCUUUCUAAUAGGACAUCAAGUUACUUGUCCAACACUAUUUUCCAUCCUCAUAGAAUGCUUGUUGCUACCAACUAUAACCAAGACGGGCAUAUAAACGUUUACUCGUGUAGCGAUACAAUAGUUGAAUAUUAAUAUAUGUAUAAAUAGACAUAAUAUAUCAUUAGAUGUUUA